AGGAUCUUCUCUGUGCAGGCCGACAUCAACGGCCUGCGCAGGGUGCUGGACGAGCUGACCCUCGCCAGAGCUGACCUGGAGAUGCAGAUCGAAGGCCUGAAGGAGGAACUGGCCUACCUGAAGAAGAACCACGAGGAGGAAAUGAAUGCCCUUCGAGGCCAGGUGGGUGGAGAUGUCAGCGUGGAGAUGGAUGCAGCCCCUGGGGUGGAUCUGAGCCGCAUCUUGAAUGAGAUGCGUGACCAGUAUGAGAAGAUGGCAGAGAAGAACCGCAAGGAUGCCGAGGACUGGUUCUUCAGCAAGACAGAGGAGCUGAACCGUGAGGUGGCCACCAACACUGAGGCCCUGCAGAGCAGCAGGACAGAGAUCACGGAGCUCCGCCGUUCUGUGCAGAACCUGGAGAUCGAGCUGCAGUCCCAGCUCAGCAUGAAAGCAUCACUGGAGAACAGCCUGGCUGAGACAGAGGCGCGCUAUGGGGCCCAGCUGGCCCAGCUGCAGGGACUCAUCAGCAGCAUUGAGCAGCAGCUGUGUGAGCUGCGCUGUGACAUGGAGCGGCAGAAUCAUGAAUACCAGAUCUUACUGGACGUGAAGACCAGGCUGGAGCAAGAGAUUGCCACCUACCGCCGCCUGCUGGAGGGCGAGGAUGCCCAGUGA